UGAGACUAACGCCGAAGUACAUUGAAUUUUAGCAUUUUGUAAUUAUUUGUUGGAAAUUAUAGAAAAAUUUAAAAAUUUAAACGUUUAGACAAUUUUGAAAAUCCAGAAAAUGAACAGACCAAGCACCUCAUCAAACUCCAAAAAAUCCAAGCCUUUGCCAAGGCAGUAUCGUCACAAUAGUUCAUCGGACGAUGAUGAAUCCGAAUCGGAAAACGCUCGAGAGAGGCCAAAAAUAAACAAUGUUGCCGAAGAACGACAUCGAUUGAGAGAACCACAACCGUCAACAUCGGGAACAUCAUCAAAUCGACCAAGCAAUCACAGACAAACACACUCUCGCAAAAGGCGAAGGUCUUCGUCGUCAUCAUCGUCAUCAUCAACAACAACAAUAAGUUCAUAUACUUCGGAUUCUGCAUCGUCGUCAACAUCAUCGUCAACGACAUCAUCUUCAUCGAAUUCAGUUGAGAAAUCGAGGCCAUACUAUGUCGAUCCGGCAAGAGAAAAAGAACGAAUUGAAAAAAACAGUCAAUUAAAUACUCAACCAACUCGCGCACAGAAGAAACGUAAACGAUAUGAAAAAUACCUUCAACAGAAGCGCAUGGAAAAUGCAAAUCGACCAACGCAUCCAAAUCAAAUUCAAAAUCGAAAUCAAAGUCAACAGGCAGCGGAACCAAAUCGAACUGCAGACGAAAUGACCAAUCAGCCUCAAAUCAUCAUUCUUCCGGUGCCACAUCCAGCAUAUGCAAUGCCAAAUUAUAUGCAAUCAAUGCAUAUGCCUGAAUUAUUUCCGCCGAAUGGUUUUCGUCCGCCAAUGCCACCACCUAUGCAUGAUCCACAUUUUUAUGGGCCACAUAUGCGACCGCCAAUGCGACCAUUUUACCGCGGUCGAUUUAUGGGCGCCAGACGACCAUCUCAACGACGACCUUUCAAACGUCGAUCAUGAAACCAAAUUUUACACUUUUUUCUACAACGAAAUUUUUUUCUCGAGAAUGGAUGAAUUUCAAUCUCAAAACUAUAAAUGACUGAAUCGAUUUUCACAUUUUUA